AGAUCUGGAUGGAGACGGUCUUCGUCAAGCGAGGAUCGUACAUGUGGCCGAUGGUGCCAGUGGUGCACAUGAUUUAUAGGCUUUGGCAGCUAGGCCGUGGGAGUGUUCUAGUGGCUGCCCUGCACGGCCCAGCCUACCUGCAACACCUUCAGGCAAUUUUGGCUGUGAUUUGGGUCCUCAAUUUUGGAGCUGUCAUGGCUUGGAUGCCGUGGCUGUACAGAUGGCACCUGCAGCCCAAAAGCACAAAAAAUUGAACAUCCUGCACAUCGUGCAUGGUUCUUGUGUUCAAUGUGGCAGUAUGGGGAUCACAGGUCAGAAGUUGUGUGCACAAUUGCGCAUUGCUGGACACUUGCUGGGCGCUUCAAGUGCUCGUUCCAGUUUGCAAGCAUAUUUGGAAUUAAGAGUAUGGUAUUCACACUUGUCAAAACUUCUUCUUUACGUGACCAUGGUGAAAUCACCAUGCCUUCAUGAACUAUUGCUCAGAGACAGACUUGAACAAGCAAACACAGCUUGCAACAUUCAAUGGGUCACGCAUGUGAUGCAACUUGAGUCUUUGAUUUAAGAUGUAACCGUUCAAUCUGC